CUCUCAAAAUAGAGCAAACCUACAAACUAUAUUGCUAAGUUUUCAUCAAACUAUAUUGCUAAUCUUGAACAAUGCCUACACUUCCAAUAGAACUAAUUGUUGAAAUCCUGUCAAGGCUUCCGGUUAAAACCCUCUUGAAGUUCAGGUGUGUCUCAAAAUCCUGGCUUGCUUUAAUCCGUAGCCCUGAAUUUGUCAAAACCCAUCUUAAUGUAUCUGCUAAAAACAAAGACUACACACACCAUAGGCUUGUGUUGACUGAGACAAUUAAUUUAUUUAGUUCUUUUAAUAUCCAAUACAUGGACACGGACUUGGUUCUAUGGAAUCCAUCAAUUAGAUUGUUCAAGAAUUUGCCUGAUUCUGGGCCUUCAGUAACCGGUGAUUACCAUUUCGAUAGUUGCAUAUAUGGUUUUGGAUAUGAUGAGUCCAAUGAUGAUUAUAAGGUAGUAGGUGUGCUUUGGAACAGAUAUAAACUCUGGCAUCCUCUUGAGGUCAAAAUAUAUAGUUUAAGAGUAAUUCUUGGAGAAGUAUGGAUGAUAUUCCGGAUGGGUUGUGAUUGGGUAAACAAUGUAAGGAUGGGUUGCGAUUGGUUAAACCAUGUAAGUUUGUAAACGGGAAGCUUCAUUGGGCUGGGGAACUUCAUUGGGCUAAUAGUAUUAAUGGUCCUUUCCAUAAGGGCUGGAACAUUAUUUCUUUUGAUUUGGCUGAUGAGAAAUGGGGAAAGGUGGAGCCGCCCCGCUAUGGAGGAGAAGGAGACUUUUCGUUGAAGCUUGACAUGUUGGGAAGUGAUCUUUCUGUCAGGUUUUGUAGCUAUGUGACAAGUCAGGCAGAUCUGUGGGUUAUGAGAGAGUAUGGGGUUAAAGAGUCUUGGACAAAGAAGUAUACCAUAUAUCUUUGUUAUGGGUAUUCUUCUUUUACUUCUCAAACACUUUGCAUGUCAAACAAAGGUGAUAUAUUGUUUG